AUGGAGGAAAAGCCGUCUAAAGAGCUCUUCCAGAGGCCGCCCGUGGCCUCUUCUGGAAGCACUGGUCCUCUGGCCGACUCUCGAGCCCCGCACCCCGCCAGCCCCCAGACUCAUCCUAGGUCCGACUGGGGCCCAGGGCUCGCCGCUCUUCCCACCAGUCUCCACGCUCGACGGAGCCCCAGCCCUGGCUUGGCUCCGGAUCCCUGUCGGCAGCCGGCUGACUCCUACUCCCUGCCACCCUCGGCUCCCCUCGUUGUGUGUGACCCACAGGCAUCGCUCAAGUCGUUGGUCCAUCAUGGCUCCGACGAGUCGCACCAGCAGAGCGACAUCCGGAAGCUGUGGACCACGGCCACGCUGUCCGAGAUGAAUCUGAACUUGCCGCUGUCCAAGGUUUCGGAGUGGUCAGACACAGAUGGCAGCAGCUUUUGCCACCAGAAGAACGGCGUCGACUCGGACGCCGCCGACUGGGAGUGGGACGACGGAGAGCGCGUUACCCUGCCGAGUGACAACAGCUUCAAGCAAGAGUUGGACGAACACACCUUGUUGAAGCUGGAGCUGCACCGCGGCCGCUCCCAGGGGAGCAGUUUAGAAGAGGGAGACUCCAGGACCGAGGCCGAGAAGUCUCCCUCAAUGUUAUCACUCAGUAUCUCGAAGCACACACCUCAUCGAGCCUACUGGACAGAGCAGCAGAACAGGCUGCCGCUGCCCCUGACGGAACUCAUGGAGAACGAAGCUCUGGAAAUCCUCACCAAGGCUCUCCAGAGCUACCGGUCGGGGAUCGGAAGGGACCACUUCCUGACCAUGCAGCUUCAGCGAAGCAUCGAGGGGCUCAAGAAGCGCCGCAACAAGAGGCUGCACGUCUCACUGCGCUGA